AUGUUAGCUUCAACUAAAAAUUCAUCUUUGACAGCAUGUAACGCACGUAUUAGAACCUUAUACAAUAAAGUGAUUCAAACAGGAGUUACCUAUAGAAUUGUUUACGAAUCUGUUGAGAAGAAUUUAUGGAAAUCGAACCCAAAACGGGAUUUAGUACAAACUGAAAAAGAAGCUAGAAACACAUCAGAUUCAAACAAACGAGGUAUUUUAGAACGUGAAAUAGAAGAUCUUAUAAAUGGAAUAAAUGCCUUGGAAGAUGAUCACCUUGAAAUAUUGAAAAAUCUGGAAAUUCGAAGAAUAGAUGUCCUUGAAUUACUUUCAUCGAAAAAAAGAAUACAAAUGUACGAAAGUAUACUACAUGAAGAAUUAAACUCAAUUUAA